CAAGUGUUGCAGUGGGCGAGUGGGGGGAGCGCCUCAACACUGCCUCCUCACAAACUCAGCAGCUUAUUUGAGAUUUAUUAGUUUUGUACUGCUUCGAUUCGGAGUGCACACCUGUUGUGGGAUUUGUGGGAUUUUGCAUUUUUUUAUAAGCAUGUCGGUGGACUGGGGCUACUCUCAAUACAAUGGACCUGAAACGUGGGCCAAGUGCUACCCGGAAGCGGCCGGCGACCGCCAAAGUCCGGUCGACAUUCAACAGGUUUGUCUGAAAAGUUUCAACACGAACCGGAAAUUGACCUGGAGGUAUGUUCCGGAGAAUACUGAAGACGUCACCAAUACGGGGUAUUGUUGGAAAGUGCACGUCAAUGGGGAGGGAUCAGAGUUGAGUGGCGGCCCCCUUGAGGGGAAGUACAUCCUCGAGCAAUUUCACUGUCACUGGGGCGAGACCAACGACCAGGGCUCCGAGCACACCGUCAAUGGGCAAAAAUUCGCCGGAGAGCUCCACCUCGUCCAUUGGAACUCCACCAAAUACCAUUCCUUCUGCGAAGCGGCCAAACACCCCGACGGUUUGUGUGUCAUUGGGGUUUUCCUUAAGGCCGGCAAACGCCACCCCGAGUUGGACAAAAUCACUGCACAAUUAUCUCGGGUGGAAUACAAGGGGCAAAGGGCGAAAAUCGGGGUGCCUUUGAACCCAGGCUUGUUCAUUCCGGAGGAAAGCGGGUAUUACACGUAUCAAGGGUCGCUGACGACGCCCCCUUGCUCCGAGUGUGUGAUUUGGAUUGUCUUCAAGGAGCCGAUUGAAGUGUCCCAUGAACAGUUGGUGGCUUUCCGGAACUUGAAAUGCUACUGUGAGCAAGAAAAAUGCCCCUGUGAUGAGUUUCAAGGCUUCGUGAAGAAUAAUUUUAGACCCACUUUGCCCUUGGGCAAAAGAGAGAUUAGAGAAUGUCGACAAUAAUGAUAACGUUUCAGUAUUUUGCGAUUAGUUCCUUCCUGUGAUUGUAGGUUGAUGUGAUAUGGGUGCGAGAGCACUGGUGCCUUAAAUUGUUACAUUUAUAUAAACUACGAAAAGUAUUAUGUAGUUAAAUAUUUUUAGACAAGUCGUUGUAAAACACUGUUCAAUAAAGCAACAGUCAGUUUUA